ACAAACGCUACCUUAGUGAUGGAGGUUGCACAUGGCAACAGCUUACAUCACGUGAGACUAAUAACAACGUUGCAGAGCAUUAGCACGUGCGAUAUGGCAAUAUGAAAAAAAUUUAUUAGUUGAUGCGAGACUAAGAGAGGUAAAGGUCAAUCUUGUAACACUCAUCGCUGUCACAACUCACAACCACAAUGAUUGUCGCCGGGGCCGGAAAUCCCGCAAUCAACGACCGCUUGAGACAAUUGAAGGCUUUUGAUGAAUCCAGAGCCGGAGUCAAAGGCCUCGUUGACUCCGGCAUCACCAAACUCCCACAAAUCUUCAUUCGCCCCCCGGAAGAGCUUACCGCCGGCGACCCAUCUCCGGGAGAACCGACACCUACCCAGUUCAGUAUUCCAGUCAUCGACCUCAAGGAUAUCUCCGGAGACCGAGCCGGAUUAGUGGUGGGCGUAAGACAUGCGGCGGAGACGGUGGGGUUUUUCCAGGUGGUGAAUCACGGGAUCCCCGUGAAGCUUCUGGAAGAGACGCUGACGGCGGCGCGUGAGUUUCACGAGCUGGCACAGGAGGUGAAAGGAGAGUACUACACAAGGGAGAUGAUGAAGAAAGUGAAGUAUGUUAGCAACUUUGAUUUGUAUCAAUCAAAAUAUGCUAAUUGGAGAGACACACUGUUCUGUGUUAUGGGCCCUGAACCCCUUGAUCCUCAAGAACUGCCUACCGCAUGCAGGUAGGUAAUCACUGAUUAAUCUUGUAUCCUAUGGAUUUAAUUAGUA